AUGACUCUGUCACGUCUUUUUUUCCUACUUAUUAGUUGUUAUUCAGUAACAAAAUGUUCUGGUUAUACUUGGUGUGAAACUUAUUAUCCUUAUCAUUGUUAUUCUACUAGUGUAUCAUUAACAACAGCUGGUAUCGUCGGCGUAGUUAUUGGAAGUCUCGUGGGUCUUUCAUUGUUAAUUACUUGUAUUGUAUGUAUCUGCCGUAGCAUUACGCGAAGAAAUGCUCAACGAACAGCUGUAAUGGUGCAAUAUCCUGUAGGUAGUGGCGGUAUCGUUUACCCAAAUCAACCACCACUGCAUCAGGGUUAUCCAAAUCAACCACCACUGUAUCCGGGUUAUUCAAAUCAACCACCACUACAUAAGGGCUAUCCAAAUCAACCACCACGGUAA